AUGGGAAUGCAUCUGAAAGUUGAAGUUUUGUGGACUAAUGUUGUAAAUGGCUAUGAAGAGCUAGAAAAUGAUGGUGAACUUUCAGUAGCAGAGAUGAAAAAUCUUGAGGCUAUGUAUCGUCAAGACGCAAAAGCCUUGAGCAAAAUCCAAAUGGGAGUCUCAAAAGCAUAUAAAUAUCUACUUGUGAGACUGCAAAGCAAGCUUGGGAGAUUGUUGGCACAAGCAACGGGAGCAAGCAAUUUUUGUGAAGAAAAGGAAGAAAACCCUUUUUUUGCUUCUCAAUCUGAUGCUUCAGCAAAAAACAAUGAAUGGUAUGUUGAUAGUGGUUGUAGCAAUCACAUGACUAGAGAUGAAAAUGUUUUCCUCUCAAUUAAUAAUAGCAUCACUAAUAAAGUGAGAAUGGAAAAUGGAGCCUUAGUUGAUGCAGAAGGUAAAGGUACCAUUUCGAUAAACAUAAAAAGGAGCGGUAAGCAAAUUCAUGAUGUUCUUUAUGUUCCUGAAGAAAAUUUGCUUAGUGUUGAUCAACUCAUGGAAAAUGGUUAUUUUGUUGUGUUUAGAGAUAAUGAUUGCAAGAUUUAUGAUAAAAUUGAGUCAAAUCAAGUCAUUGUUGAAGUAGAGAUGAUAAAAUGA